UUAAACCUUGUGUGCAGAUCUGCCCAAGGCACCUAGAAUUUGUUUGCGGGUACGACCAGGAUAGUUUGCAGUACGCCAUAGCCUCCAGCCUCUGUUCGCUCCAGAAGCACAAUGCUUGCACCAAUGCAGGUACGACCAGGAUACUUUGCAGUACGCCAUAGCCUCCAGCCUCUGUUCGCUCCAGAAGCACAAUGCUUGCACCAAUGCAGGUACGACCAGAAUACUUUGCAGUACGCUAUAGCCUCCAGCCUCUGUUCGCUCCAGAAGCACAAUGCUUGCACCAAUGCAGGUACGACCAGGAUACUUUGCAGUACGCCAUAGCCUCUAGCCUGUGUUCGCUCCAGAAGCACAAUGCUUGCACCAAUGCAGAUACGACCAGGAUACUUUGCAGUACGCCAUAGCCUCCAGCCUCUGUUCGCUCCAGAAGCACAAUGCUUGCACCAAUGCAGGUACGACCAGGAUACUUUGCAGUACGCCAUAGCCUCCAGCCUGUGUUCGCUCCAGAAGCACAAUGCUUGCACCAAUGCAGGUACGACCAGGAUACUUUGCAGUACGCCAUAGCCUCCAGCCUCUGUUCGCUCCAGAAGCACAAUGCUUGCACCAAUGCAGGUACGACCAGAAUACUUUGCAGUACGCCAUAGCCUCCAGCCUCUGUUCGCUCCAGAAGCACAAUGCUUGCACCAAUGCAGGUACGACCAGAAUACUUUGCAGUACGCCAUAGCCUCCAGCCUCUGUUCGCUCCAGAAGCAGAAUGCUUGCACCAAUGCAGAUUAUAAAAUGGUUCCUAUUGAAAAAUGUUUGGCGUACCUGAAGGUUUCUCCAGAAGUUCAGAGACCACCACAUAAUUCGCCGCUACCAGUUAUGGUGUUUCUUGAUUAAAAUAAUGGUAUUGUCAUAUUUUUUUAUUGCUACACCAUAUUUAGUUCAUGCAAAAUAAAUUAUGCAGUCGAUUAAGAAACUUCUGUAAACAUAAAAUAGUUAUAACUUCAUACACAUAAUUAAUGUUCAUUGAAUUUAGACAGUAAUCAGUAAAGUAGGUCCUUUAUUAAGGAAAAGUGUAAGGUAAAUUAAAAUAACACAUAUAGAUCAUAGUUAUGAAAGAAAAAUAGAAGAAUUUUAACGAGGUGUCUCAACAUUUUGAGCCAGGUUCUCAUAGCUUCAAUUACUUAUAAUUGAGGGAUAUUGGGUUUAACGAUGUACUCGUAUCUGGUGGGGUGUGCAUUCACCUUGUUCACCACAAUAGCAUUUAAUGACUAGUUGUCUGGAAUGAAUUUUCAAUAAAUACCCGACAGUACCCGUGGUGAAAGCUCUAUUGAGUUGUGUAACCGACUAUACUCUGGUGUCUUCACAAUGGCUAACCACUGACCAUUCAAUACCACCGGACCAAUUUGAGUUAAUAAAUCACUCUUCCAUUCUCUGUUUUGGUAUUGUUUCAUUUUGUAUCCAUGUAUCGCAAACGCAAUAUUGUAACCGCAUCAAGGGUAUGUAGACCAGUAUUUUUUCUUUUAGGUAUAGUUUUUUUUAUGGAGAAUUUAACUUCAAAGUACAUGGGAAACGCACGUUUUCGAAAGUUUGAAAUAUAUAAUUUUCCAUUGGUUCAUUGCUCUGUGAUAUGUAAAAAGUUACAAGCAAAAGUACGCACGCAUACAAAGAAUAAUAUAACAUAUCUGAAUAGAUAAUGUUUGUAACUGAUAAAUUGCACAGUCUAAAUUAGUAAUCAAUAUUUUGCAUAUCCAUGCAGUACGGGGAACUGAUUUUAUUAGUAAAACGGGUCUUUUUAUUUAAUUACACUGAUUUCAUGAGUUAAAAUAGAUAGCUAUUUAUAUUUAAAAAUACAUAUUGGUAUACUUAAGCAUUUUAAUUUACGAGUUCAUGUUUGAAGCUAAGUAAAAUAAAAAUGGAAGCAUUUAUGGUGGUAUAAAUUCAUUUAUUCACAAGUACUGAGUGAGUUUGAAUUAUAUAUUUCAAACUUCCGAAAACGUAUGUUUCCCAUGUUCUUUGAAGUUAAAUUCUCCAUAAGAAAAACUGUACCUACAAAGUAAAAAUACCGGCCUACAUAUAUAAAGUCACUAAAAUAUACCACGGUAUAAAAUUUUGUAACUUUUACGAAAGUCUUGUUGGAUAAUCUUAGACACGUAGUUAUAUUUCAUGAGGUAUUUUAGAAUGAUAUAUUUUAAGGCGUUAAAUAUAGAACAAAUAUUUUUUUAAUAACCUAGACCAACUACAGAAUGGCAUCGGGUUCGUCAAUCGGUCGAUACCAGUACCUGAGUGCUUUGGAUUAACGUUAAACUGUAUGUAUCCUAGUUAAAUUGGACAAUGGGGGUAUUAAUUAUCUCCCAUUUCUAAGAAUCAUUCACCCCUAGAUAGUAAUGCAAUAAUACACGUGGCACACACACUCAUUCUAUACAUAUUAAUCUCAUAUUCACAUAUACGUCACUCCGCGUACAAAUACAAUAUUCUUAUGAAUAACAUAAUCAAGUGUGCAAAUAUGUUGAAUAUUGCAUUACUUACUGUGUAAAAUAGGUUCAAUUCCAAUUAGGUAACUAGUGAACGUACUGUGUUAACUAUGAACAUUAAAUUACUUCUGAUAGGGAGAAAGGCUUGCCGCAUUUCUCCGCUCGAUCAGACCAAUAAGAGCACCAAAUCAGAUUUACAGAGAAACCCGGAAGCUCUCGUUAGUAGGAGUCAGGGGAAAUAUAAUCAACGACUUCCGCUUUGGCCGGAAGUAAAUAAUUCUUCUUUGGGAAUCUUUAUUCUGAAAUGAGUUCAAGGUGUAUUGAAUAUGUUAUACUUGAGGAUUGUCCUAGCCUUGUAUGGUAGUUUGUAUAGAAACUUAUUAAAAUAACACUACUGUGUAAUAAUUAAAA